UCGCGAUUCAGUCGGUCGUCGGAGCUCGCGGUGCGCGUCACGUGGGUCCCUCGCGGUAACUUGGUCCCUUCGAAACCGUUCCUCGGACCUUUCGGCAAACGAUAUAUCGCGUAUUCGCGGCGAAGUCGCAAAGCGGUUGUAAGCCGUCUCCGCGCAAAUAUUAACCUCGUCUCGAGACCGGCAAGAAGACGAACAGACAGUGCGAAGGGAAGACAAGAGACAAAGAGAAGAGGACGGACGGAGAACAGCAGGGAGAACAAGCGAAGCUUGCUGACGUUUCGAGUGUUUAACGUUCCCAGGUAAACGCGUUCGGCAAAGCGCUCCGUGUUUGACGAUAAACACAAGCGCCACGGGGAUAUACAUAUAUAUGUGCUUUCUCUAUCUGUCUCUCGUCGCCGAGGAGAAGCCCCGAGAGCGAUUCGAUGACGGGGCAUUGUUUGCCGCCAACGAUAUGGCGCGCUUCCGCGAAUCUUGAAUCUUAUUGUGCAUCGCGCGGGAUUUGAAUCGCCCGAGAAGAGCAUCGCGGUUUCGCAGAAAUUGCUGCCAACUUGAUUUCAUUCUCGCGAGUGCUUGACAUCGACGCGAGUUCGAGUUUCGAGACUUUCGAUUGCCGGGAGUGAUUGAGAGAUACGCGCCGCCAACUUCACGCCGUUCGUGCUUUUAGCCUCGACGACGAGUUUCUCGCGGAGAAACAAAUUAAUUCGCGAAUUUCAGUGCGCGCGAGACUUCGGUGUGUUUAUGACUCGCGUGAUUACAACUUGUGUGUUUACAGACGUGUAAGUCGCAUGACGCGGACUGAGAGAGUUUCCGACGACUCGGAUUGUCGCCAACUUUCCAAGCGUUUACCGUGAAAUGUUGUUUCGACGGUGCGAUGGCGCGCGAAUUCUCGGAAUGAGAAAAUAGUGCUGAAUUCCGUCGAUUUUUUAUUCGCGCGAGGUGAAUCUUGAGAGAGAGAGUUCUCGUCUAUCGUUAAUAAAGAUACGAGUCGAGUGUCGCGAUAUCGCGAGUGCCGGAGUGUGUUGGUUAGGUUAAUUCGAGUGUGUUUUUGUGCGCGAGAGAAGAGAAGUAACGACGAAGAUGGAGAUACCGACGACUUUCCUCAUCUCGAUCCUGGCGGUGAUUUGUCGCGGCAACGAGCUUAAGGAUUAUUGCUCGAUACACAAGUUCGACAAUCUACCGGGUGGCCUGAGGUUCACGAAGGAGGUCGUCACCACGGAGUACGCCAACGUGGGUGCAUUCAAGGCUCUUCACUGCUGCCUCAGAGGAUACCGGAGCAUCGAAUGGUACAAGGAUAAUAGAGCGUAUCCUUGGCCGGGCGGAGAGAGCCACUUUAUCCUGUAUCCCGAGAGCGCGAAUCAAACGAUCUACACGCAAGAGAUGAGAGCCUCGGAUGCGGGACGAUACUCCUGUCAAGCACGUAACGACACAACCACUUUGGAAGGCGAUAUCACUCUCGCCGUACUCGAUGAAGAAUCCGGUGUCUACACAGGAAAACCCUUACCUACUUACACCCCAGCCUCGCAGUUGGUACCUCUGGGAGGUACGGCGAGGCUCUUCUGCGAGGCUUAUCUGGGCAAGGUCGACCUACCAGACGCCAAGAACUCCGUCACUUGGUCAAAAAGUGACAGCAACAUGACGUUACCCAGCCACGGCAGGAUAGCGCAGAACAGGGUGUCUCGGGAGAACGACCAGAUAGUCGGUUCUUAUUUAGAAAUCGAGGACGUUACUCUCGAGGAUUAUGGCGAGUACAAAUGCGAAGUCAGCAACGGUGUCGACGAGGAGAUUACAUUGCCCGCUCAUCUAUACCGACAAGAACCACAAUUCGCGUUAAGCCUUCCGAAUGGAUCCUGGCGGAAGUCUCUUCUGUUAGCGGUUCUCUUCCUCGUUCUGUUGUUAUCAGCCGGUGCAUUUUAUGCGCGUUGCUGGCUGCCACUUGCAUUACUUUACAGAGACAAGUUUGGUCGCCUCGAGGAGAACGAUGGGAAGGAAUGCGAUGCACUGGUGUGCUACCACGAGAAGGACUCGAGUCUAGUGAUCGGUAUUGUGAUACCCACCCUGGAGUCUAGGCAUCGAUACAAGUGUACAGCUUUGGAGCUGUCUCAUCAGAAUCACAAUUGGAGCUUGGAGAUCGGCCCGCACGCCAACACGGCCCGGCGAAUCAUCGUCGUGCUCAGCCCAGCAUCCCUAGGCAACGUCUGGACGGACGCGAGUGUCGGCGCGGCGUUGAAGCAGCUGUCGUCGUUGCCGAUGAAGACGGUCGUCAUCUCGCUGAAAGGUCUGCCGAGCACGACGGCGACGAUCGCGAAGCGAUCGCGACGGGACCGUCCGGACGUCGACGCGAUCUCGUUCGAUCGGCUGACGAUCCUAUACUGGCAGGACAACGGCAGCGGCACCGAGACCGCCUCCUUCGGCAGCGGCGGUCGCAAGUUUUGGUACAAGCUCAGGCUGGCGAUGCCGGCGAUACGGCCGAUCGCUUCGGAAACCGGAUGCCAAUCGGUCGCCAUGAUAGUGCAGGCUAACGGCAAGUGCGGACAGCAAAAGGCUCGCUCGCGCGAGAGUCUCGAGGUUCUGGUUUAGACUUCCUGGCUCGCACCCUGCACGUCUGUUCCGAGAGCGAGCUUUCCUUCCGAGCUGAGGAGAUGAUUUCACUUUUCGCCGAUUUUCUUUUUCUCGCGAAGCUCACGGCAUCCAGAAGAUCCUUUGAUCUCGAUUCGGAUCUCGCGCGAGUAAAUCUCUCAAGAUCCUUGCUGUUUUUCAAAAAGUGUCCUGAGAAGAGGACGACGAUCCGAGAAGUGAGAAAAAUCUUUCGUCCUUGAUAGCGAUUCCAUGGAAAAAUUGUGCGACGAUCUCGAUUUCGAUGAUGCGAAUUUCGCGCGAGAACCUCCAGAUUCUCCUCUUUUUUAAGACUUUUUUUAUUCUCAUUUUAGAAUCUCCAGUGAAAGGACAUUUUUCUGUCCGUGAUAUCGAUUUUCGGAAAAAUUCGUGCGACUCCUUUGACUUUGGGCGCGCCAAGAAUGAGAGGAUGACGUACAGAUUUCAGUUUAAAAUGCGCCGCACAAUCUUUUAUUUGGACUGUUUCGAAUUAUCGUGACAAACAUAUAAAAAAAGACCACAUUAUAUAGCUUUAUGAUAUUCUCGUGUUACAACUGCGUUUCUUAUCGCAAACCGUAUGAUUGGAAAGCAAAUUCGAUUUUACAUCGCAUAAAAGGCAGCAGCUGCACGCAUCAUAAAAAACGAAUCAAGUAGAAAUCUUCUUACAUACAUAUAAACCUUUGGAAAUUUGAUUCUUCUAAAUUUUCGUUUGAAAUUUUAUGCUCUUUGACAUGUAGUCUUCGAUGGAGGAUUUCGAAUAAUUUCUAGAUAUUAUUUUAUACGACAAUUCCUCGUCUUAUCACUUUUUACGGUUCACGUGACGAAUCUGCUCGAUUCUUUUUAGGACACCCUGUAAGUUUGUAGACAGUGCAGUUACGUAAAGGUGAAACGCCUAAACGGGUAUUUAUGCAUCUGGUGCGAGGUGCAACUGCAUCGACGUGUCAGUGCGAUUCGACGGCGCAAAGCGUGAAUUUGCAUUCGCGAUAAGUUCGCGAAUUACGACGGAAACGUUAAAAACGCGGAGUGUGACUUGGGCAUAUUUUUCAUUGUCAGACGGCUGCUGAAUUUUUAAUGAAGAGUACGAAAAUUGUAAAAACAUUCCGAUAGCGCAAGAGAGAUGAAGGAGUCGUUAGCGUAUGCUACUGAUCGAAAGUGAAUUAUUCCGCUAACGUUCUUCGUAUUUUUUUUUUUUUUUUGGUCGAUAUGUGAUUUUUAUUUUUACGGUGUUUUGUGUAAAAUUUGUAUUUCAAGCCAACUGAGACGAUUAUUUAUGCCAAUUAACUGGAGCUUUGGAACGGAUUUUAGAUACCAAAAAAAGAUGUAAGUAAUCGUAAUGAACACGUAAAAUUGCUUUAUAUACGAUGCUAAAAAGACAAAUUUACAUUUAUGAGAAAUUAAUAGCGAUUCCAAAAUAGCGAUCUGUAUCGGAUAUUGAAAUGAUAUUAAAAAGAAAUAAAUCGUCAAGCUUUAAAAUUCGUUUAACCCCGUUUUAAGGCAGAGCGCGUGUGCUGAUUACAUUAUCGACAACGAAAAUAAAGAAUCGGAAUAAAGCAACGGAAUCACUGGAAUAAAGAUAGAUUUUAUCCAUUUUUCAUCACGUCUCUUUGUCCCUUCAAACUGUAUAUUUGAUACACAUCGUAAAAAUUUUGCGAAACAAGUGAUUAAGAAAAUCCAGCUAUUUUUUUAACGCGAAUCUCCGAAAAGCGAAUUUGCUUACACAAUCGAUGAGUCGAUUCGAUUAUCCGAACAUUCCGACUGUUUGAUGGACGAAAAGGAAUGGGAAGAUGGAAAUGCGCAGUCUUCCUUCUCGCGCGCAUGAUGAAGAUUUGAUUACCGGCAUUUCCGUUUUAUCACUGGCGUUCCAUCAUUUCCUCUUCCUUUUAUUUCCAUCGUGCUUACAUAUAUCGCCACUUCUCUUCUUUGUAUAUAUUGGAAAUCUAUAUUUAUUUAGCUAGCCGCGUUUUAUUUAAUUAUGUACAAAUUUGUGUACAUUUUAAUCAACCGACCCUUUAACUAGUGAAGUAGUAGUUUUAAAUUCCCGUUUCGAGAGACUUAAGGAAGAGGAACUGUUUGUUUAGGUACUUAAAUAUUUGCCCGCGAUGCGCGCGCGGCAGAUGGAUCUGGGAUUUAAAUUAUCUAACUAUAUAUUAAUGUAAGAUGUAUAUUGUUAUAUUUACUUAUAUAUUUUAUCGUGCAAAUUUAGUUGAAAAAUUUUAUUCGAUUGCUGGUUAAAGGGUUUCUAGAUACAAUCGCGCGGAAUUGCACUCCGAUGCAUCAUGUUUGCGCGACAUUUUCUCUAAAAGCUGGUUUAUCGCGAGCGAUAACGACAUAAUUUCGCAUUAUCGUUCGAUAUAAUGUACGUCACUGCCUCGGGACGUUAAUAUAUAAGCGUUUUAUACUGUUUUAUAUAUAUACAUACAUACAUACAUAUAUGUGUAUACACAUAUAUACAUAUGUAGACGUACAAGGUGUAUUCCACACCGGAUAUCCCUGGACAUCCCUGAGCGCACAAUCGGUGUCAGUAAUCGUUGCUUGCUAAUCAUUAUCGCAAUUAGUCUCCCGGAAGUAAGACGAGGAGUAACACUCAACGGUUUCCUGGAUUUUCUUCGAAAGGGAUACUUUUGUUUUCGAGUUUCUGGCAAUUUUUUUGUUCACCCAACACUUGGACUUUUAUUAAAUUUAGGAUAUUUGUUUGAUGUAGAAAUGGCGAUUGAAUAAAUUUAUACUACCAAUA